AUGAUCCUCGACACCCUUGAUCUCCCCUAUGAGAUCCUCGAGGCGAGCGACCGCAUCGGUGGGCGCAUCUUCACCUAUCGCUUCAACGGCGAGGCUGGACACGACGCCCCCAUCAACACCCCCGCACGCUACGACUACAUCGACAUUGGUGCGAUGCGGUACCCCAAUAUCCCCUUCAUGAAGCGCGUCUUCGACCUCUUCGAGCGCCGCCUCGGGAUGUCCGAAGAUGACCUCCUCAUCGAGUACAAGUACUCCGCGGACAACACCUUUGAACGCUACAACGACAUCCUCUACAACACCUCCGACCCUGCGAUCGAGGACAUCUUUCAGGUCUCCAAGAUCCAUGGCGGCGCUGUUCCUUGGGACUGGGUCGUCCAAGGAGUCGACAAUGUCGCAAACAACGUAUUCAGGGAGUACGCUGAGAAGUUUCAAACCGAAGACUUCACGACGGCCUGGGCGUACCUCUCUCAACAAGACCCCUAUUCGACGCGCGGCUACCUUCUGUCUAGGCAGUAUCCGGAGUCGGUGGUGGAGUGGCUCGAGACGUUCGAAACUGCUACCGGCCUAUACAACAACGCGUUUGUCGAGAGCGCGAUGGACUCGAUGGACUUCGGUUCGUCGUCCGCAUCUCAGAACGGGAGACCGAGGGGCGAGCAGCUGUCCUACGAGUGGUACUGCAUCGACGGUGGCUCCGAUCGUUUCAUCGACCGGAUGGUAGAACGCAUCAAGUCCAAGCCUCAGGCCGGAAGGCGGGUGACCAAGAUUGCCCGCACGGAGUCGGGCGAGAUGGAUGUCACUUGCGGUGCGUUCGCGCCGACGACGUAUUCGCAGGUCAUUUGCACCAUACCACUAGGCUGCUUGGACGCGAUCGACAUCCCGCGCGACGACCUCUCUUACAUGCAGCGCAUGGCCAUCCGCUCGCUCAACUACGACACCUCCACCAAGGUCGCGCUCAAGUUCGCCACGCGGUGGUGGGAGGACCCCGUUGUGAUGGGCGCGAACCGCACGAUUGAGGGCGGGAUCUCGUCCACCGAUCUCCCCAUCCGUACCUGCGUCUACCCUUCCUACGGCCGCUCCGUGCCCGACACCUCUACGCUCCCCGGCGUCCUCCUCGCGUCGUACACCUGGGCGCAGGACGCGCAGCGCCUCGGCGGGCUCGCGCAGACCAAGGGCAGCGAGGCGGACGCGCGCCUCGUCGAUAUCACGCUCCAGAACCUCUCCGCGCUCCACAACGUCCCCGUCGAGAGCAUGGGCCCCCUCGUCGACCACUUCGCGUUCAACUGGCACAACGACCCGAACGCGCGCGGCGCGUUCGCGCUCUUCGGUCCUGGCCAGUUCGGCGUCAGCAGCGGCGGCACGGACGGCACGGCGCAGGGGCAGAGCAUGUUCGCGAGCCUCAAGGCGCCCGCGGCGAAGGGCCGGCUGCACGUCGCUGGCGAGGCGACGUCUGUGCACCACGCGUGGGUGUUGGGCGCGCUGAACUCGGCCUGGCGGGCGGUGUACAACGCGCUGGGCCAGCUGGAGGAGUCCCAGGUGGAGGUGAAGCGGCAACAGCUCAUCGCCGAGUGGGGUAUCCCCGACGAGGAGGACGUGACGGCGCUCGUGAAAUUGGCUCUUCUGUCGUACUCGGGGGCUCUGUAG